AUGAGCAGUGAAAAGUAUUUUCCAUUGCUGCCAACAUUCCAAAUUAAACCGACUAAUCUGACUCUAACUUGUCACCGAAGCGAAACCCCCGCCAACCUCCGCAUGGAUUUCCUGGACCCUUCCGGUAGAACCGACGUCGACGACGACGAACGAAUCGACGACAUCCCGUUCGACAAGCUGCAGGACACCGUGCAGGAGCGCGUCAAGGAGAUCAAGAACCAGCUCAACGAGAUCCAGGCGGUGCAGCGCGACAUCGAAUCGAGCGACGCCGAGCUGAGGAGGGCGGCCGAACGGGCCGGCUCCAUGGAGGAGGACAUCAGAGCCGUGGAGGACGGCUUCGCGGCGCGCGACUCCAAGUUGCGGCAGCUGGAGGAGGAACUGAAGUCCAUCAGCGAGUCCAUGGAGGCCUACGAGGCGUCCGAGGACCGGGUCAAUCGAGGCGUGGACGAGCUGCAGGGGGAACUGACCGGCUUCGCCGAGAUGCUCAAGGACGUCAACGAGCGCUCCAAUUUGAUCGAGAAAAUGAUCGAGGAAUCGGAACGGACGGAGCAAUAGUGUGAAUUAUUUUGUUCGAUGCUAUUUAUUAAACGUAAAG